UAAAGGGAGAUCGUAUGUGGCAUUUUGCUGUGUCUGUAUUCCUGGUUGAACUCUAUGGGCAAAGCUUACUCCUGACUGCGGUCUAUGGACUGGUGGUGGCAGGAUCAGUUCUUCUCCUGGGAGCUCUUAUUGGAGACUGGGUGGACAAGAACUCCAGGCUCAAAGUGGCCCAGACAUCCUUGAUUGUUCAGAAUGCAUCUGUCAUCCUGUGUGGUAUUAUCCUGAUGAUUAUCUUCAUGUUUAAGACUCAGCUCUUGACCUUAUACCAUGGAUGGCUUCUUACGGUGUGCUAUAUCCUGGUUAUCACCAUAGCAAAUAUUGCCAAUUUGGCCAGCACUGCCACAGCGAUCACAAUUCAGAGGGACUGGAUUGUGGUGGUUGCAGGGGAAGACAGAAGCAGACUGGCAGAUAUGAAUGCCACAAUAAGGAGGAUUGAUCAGUUGACCAAUAUUUUGGCCCCAAUGGCAGUUGGGCAGAUCAUGACAUUUGGCUCCCCAAUGAUUGGCUGUGGAUUCAUUUCUGGCUGGAACCUGAUGUCAAUGUGUGUGGAGUAUCUGCUGCUCUGGAAGGUUUAUCAGAAAACCCCUACUCUGGCUCUCAAAUCGGCAAAAGUUGAAGAAUCUGAACUGAAACAGCUGAAUGUCAAGAAAGAGAGUGACAUGAAACCUGCAGAAGGAGUGCAGUUAAUUGUUGAGAAAGAUGUCAGUGGCUUUGAGGCUCCCCAGGAGAAGGAAGUUGGCUGUGGUGCCCGGAUUGCCGAGCCUUUCGUAACUUUCCGCGAUGGAUGGGUUGCGUACUACAACCAGCCGGUGUUCCUGGCAGGCAUGGGGCUUGCCUUUCUGUACAUGACUGUCCUGGGCUUUGAUUGUAUUACUACAGGCUAUGCAUACACUCAGGGUCUGAGUGGCUCUGUGCUCAGCCUCCUCAUGGGUGCCUCAGCAGUCACUGGAAUCCUGGGGACAGUAGCGUUCACCUGGCUCCGUCGCAAAUGUGGCCUCGUUCGCACAGGCCUCAUUUCUGGAGUCGCUCAGUUUGCUUGUCUGAUCUUAUGUGCCAUCUCUGUGUUUAUGCCUGGGAGUCCUAUGGAUUUGACUGUUUCCCCAUUUGCUGACAUCAGUGCCAGGCUGUUUGAAAAUGAACCGUUACCUACUAUAGCAUCUCCAGAACCUGGAAUGGUUUUUGCAACUGGAAUGCCCAAUUUAAAUGGGUCGACUACUCCUGCUAAUAGUGACCCAGAGAUUAGUCCUGAGCCUGUGCCUUUACUCUCUGUUAGUCUCCUGUUUGCAGGAGUCAUUGCUGCUAGAGUUGGCCUUUGGUCCUUUGAUUUGACUGUCACACAGUUACUCCAAGAAAAUGUGGUAGAAUCUGAAAGAGGCAUCAUAAAUGGUGUCCAGAACUCCAUGAAUUAUCUUCUUGAUUUGCUGCACUUCAUCAUGGUCAUUUUGGCCCCAAACCCUGAAGCUUUUGGCUUAUUGGUGCUUAUUUCUGUGUCUUUUGUUGCAAUGGGCCACAUAAUGUACUUCAGGUUUGCCCAGAAGAGCUUGGGCAAACAGCUUUUUGUUUGUUGCACUCCUGAUCCCAAAGAAGUCCCUGACAGUUCACCACCCGGUAACACCUCUACUGUCUGAAAAGAUCCUCUUCUCUUACUAACCUGCUACACAAAUAUCGUG